GACCCUGCAGCCGCCAGCUGUCCUCAAACCCCGCUCAGCUUUCCUAGAGAAGCCGUUCUCUCCUUAUUCCCGCUGUCUGGCUCGCCCCACUGACACACACCGAGCCUUUCCUCAGCUUCUGUCAUCAGUCCUAAAUUCCCUUUUCCAUGUUUGGAGAAGCUGCAGUGUCCCACCCCAGUGCUGACCCACUGGUGUCCCAGCAGGCUGUUAGGACUAACAAAGCAGCGGAUCAAAUGGAUCCUGGAGGAUUCCUGGGUCAGCUGGGAUUUUGGAAUACCCCCAGCUGCCUGGAAACUAUGAGUGGGGGGAUGGAAAUGUGUUUGUUGCCCUGAAGAGCAGGGUCCCAUCAGCUCCGGGCUGAAAGGGCAGGACACAAUAGCAGGGGGAGAACAAGAGAGCGCGGGGCUGGAGCCGAUUGAAAGGGCAAAGGGAGCGGACAGGCAGAACCGGAUUAUUCAAAGUGGAAUUAGAGCACAGCCCGGGGGGGACUGCACCGCGCUGAAAACGCUGAAAACCCCUAAAAUGUGGGCUUUUAGCAGCCGGCCGAGGGGCAGCGCAUAAAGCAGCGGUGGGGAGAGCUCCGGGGGCUCGGAGCGCUGGAUGCAGGCGCAGCUCGCUCGCAGCCCGGCUGCAGGAAUGUCCCGGUCCCACUUGUGAUUGGCUGCGGGAUGCCGGAGUCAGUUUUCACGGGGGCUGAUCAAAAAGUCCUUUUGGCUCUCCAAAGUCGCUGUCUGAGCAGAGGAAUCGGCUGGAGGAGGCCGGGCGCUCUCACAUUCCUCGGGAAAACUGCUUCAAUGGGAUGAGAAGGCUUCUCCCCGCAAGGAAACGCGGCCAGGACCGGGCGCCGCCGAGCCUUUUUCCUGCUUUUCUGCCCCGAGGCGGGUUGAGCAGCCAUCCCUCCUGGCAUGCUUCUCAUCCCUGAGGAGGCGAUGUCUCAGUACUCCACCAACUUCCUGCUGCUGCCCAUUCCGGAGUACCCCGUACUGGAUUGCGUGCCCAACAAAAUCAUCAARCUCGUGGUGCUGGGCGGCAGCAGCGUGGGCAAGACAGCCCUGGUCGUGCGCUUUCUCACCAAGAGAUUUAUUGGGGACUACGAAGCCAACACUGGUGCUCUGUACUCCAGAAAGUUCACCAUCGAUGGGGAGCAGAUCUCUCUGCAGGUGCAGGACACUCCCUUUGUSUCACUGGAGGAUGACACAGACAGCAUCUGCUGCCAGGAGCAGAUAAACCGCUCCAUCUACUGGGCCGACGGCUUUGUCUUCGUUUACUCCAUCACGGACUACGAGAGCUUCCGCGUGCUGCGCCCGCUGCACCAGCACAUCCGCAGGAUCCACCCCAACGCCAACAUCCCCCUGCUGCUCAUGGCCAACAAGGGCGACCUGCUGCGGGCCAGGCAGGUGUCCUCCAAGGAAGGGCUGCAGCUGGCCACCGAGCUGGGCGGCACCUACAGCGAGGUGUCGGCGCGGGAGAACGGCGAGGGCGUGCACGAGGCCUUCCAGCAGCUGUGCCAGGAGCUCUGCAGGAGCAUCGGCAGCGGCAACGGAGAGAAGAGGAGGGGGCUCCACCUCGUGCGGCCCAAGUCGCCCAACAUGCAGGACUUGAAGAGACGCUUGAAGCAGGCGUUGACUUCCAAAGGCAAAUCCGCCACCACGCUUUGAUGGAGCUGCUAGGAAUACGUUUUCCAGAGCCCUGGGAAAAAAGGCAGUAAUUGUAAAAAGGCACAUGGCUGAAAUUCUGCCUUUGGGCUGUGUGUGAGACUCUCAARWAGUGUGAGAGACRUCACUGAAAUUCUGUGUGAGACAUCAUCRAAAUUCAGCCAUUGGGUUGUGUGAGAGACACUCAAAUUGUGAGAGAGACAUCGCUGAAAUUCUGUGCGAGAGACACUCAAGUUGUGUGUGAGACAUCAUCGAAAUUCAGCCAUGGGGUUAUAUGUGAGACUCUCGAGUAGUGUGAGAGACAUCACUGAAAUUCUGUGUGAGACAUCAUCGAAAUUCAGCCAUGGGGUUAUAUGUGAGACUCUCGAGUAGUGUGAGAGACAUCACUGAAAUUCAGCCAUCAGGUUAUGCAAGAGACACCCAAGUUGUGUGUGGGACAUCGCUGAAAUUCAGCCUUUGGGUUGUGUGAGACUCUCAGGUGGUCUGAGAGCCUCUUUCAUUUGUUCUUUACAUCUUCCUCAAAAAGCCUCUGCUCAUUCAGUAAAGGAACUCAUGGAAUUCUCUCUCUGGGGCAGGAGUUUAGAAACUGUUAUUUAAAAAAUAGA